UCACUGAUGUGGGCCGUUCACUUGGUUCUUUCCUUUCCUAGGAGCUUGUCGGAGCGGGUGAAUGCCUGGCGCGGAUGGACCGGUGAAAUUAGUAAAAUUCACCCAAACCAACCUUCUCUUCAUUCCGCGAGCAAGCCAUAAAAAUGCCGGCAUAUUUCCAACGACCGGAAAAUGCUCUCAAACGAGCAAAUGGUGAGUCGUAUAUAGUAAUUUCUUAGAUGUCCUCGCUUUCUACCUAGUUAGCCCCAGUAAAGUAUUCACAUUGGCUUGCGGUGGUUCGCUAGCUACGCAUGGCGGGGAAGCCAUGUUGUAAGUAUAGGUACACGCAUUGAAGCCACCCGUGUCACUAGGCCUUUGAAUUCACCACCCAUAAUUACGUUAAGAGGUGUCAUGGGCCGGCCAAUUCAGCAAUAAUACUUAAUCUAAAAUCACACCGAUAUGAUUGAUGUCUGUGACUGAUGUCCGGCAGGGUGCAUCGAAAAGUAUCUGCCAUCUUGUUCACACUGACUAGCUAACAUAACGUCAGCACUUCCUAGCCCUGAAGGGUUGGUUAGCUAACGUAUUAGCAUAUCCCCUAGCUAAGCUGCUAACUAGUGACACGGUGAUCAACUUGUCCAACUCACUCUGAAGUCAGUAAUAAUCGGUUUAGCCACAUCAACUGAAAGGUAACCGCUGCUGCUGGUUAAUGUUUUUAGACUGGUCUUGGAUAGCUAACUAGGUAACUAGCUAGAUUGCAUCACCAAAACAGAAGGCCCAGCUAAGAUUGUCUAUCAAUGGGGCGAGUUCGUUGUGCCCCGGGAGGGGUUUGCACAUCUCAUAAAAUAAAUACAUGGAUAGGUUAAUGUCUACACUCAGCUAUCAGGGCCCCGUUUCCCAAAACCAUCUUAAGGCUAUGUUCAUCGUUAGAACGAACCUUCGUAGGAGCAUCGUUAAAUCUCCGAGAUGUUUCCCAAAGCCUUUGACAUCAUUACUAAAGUUGUACAUGAAAACGCUCAUAAUCUAACGCCUGCCUCAGACAACUUGUAGAACAGCUAAGUGCGUUGUUAGAUGUGUACCCCCCCGCGUCACUUUAUACACAGGUGUCCGCUAAACAUAGAAACAAGAUGUUUAUGUCUCUCUGUGACCGCUGAUAACUUCACGAAGUUGACUACAAAUCCAAAGUUGCCAAUGUCUUUGCAGUUGUUAUAAACAAGCAAAGGAUAAAAAGAUGGUUCAAAUGAGUACGGAGAUGACUACAUUAACAUAUAAAUAGCCGACCUACAGUAUAGGAUACAUAGGCCAAUAUAUUGUAUUUCAAUGAUAUUGAAAUCAAUUUAAUGUUAAUUCAAUUUUGUUUUAUUUGGCUACUGUCUGUAAUUUCUGCCUCAAUAUAUUUAAUGAUGUGUAGCCUAACGUGUGCAAUGAUGUGCCAAAUCUUGAUUAAGUGCGUUAUUAUAGGGUAAGCAUUAGAAUAAGCUGCCUCAAUAUUUGUAGCCAUAGGUGAUAUCUCUCUAGGAGCUGAUCCAUCGUCAUUAUUGUGGAAUAAUUAUGUCGUCAAGGUAGGAUUUGAAUGGAGAAGGCUGAUCUGAGAGCCGCGCUGCCUUUCUUUCGAUCCUAUCAGUAUCGACACGUGCCUCAAUGAUGUUGACGUUCUCUCUGUGUGGUGUUUUGGGAAACAUGUUACAUCUUCGGCUGUUGUAGGAAAGAUGCAUCGUUAAAACACUUGUAAGCCUAAGUUCCAGCGAUGUCGGGAAACCGGGCCCAGAUCUUUUUAAUCUAUUAGGGGGUCCCUUGUGCAUGAAGGUUAUAUUGCAGCAACUGAUUAACCUUCAGAACUUUUUUCAUCCUUUUUCAUGUAAUUUGCUGUGUUUUUCAUGAAUUUGCUGUGUUUUUCAUGAAUUUGCUGUGUUUUUACAGAGUUUUUGGAGGUUGGCAAAAAGCAGCCAGCUUUGGAUGUUUUGUACGAUGUCAUUAAGAGCAAAAAGCAUCGAACAUGGCAGAAGAUCCACGAGCCCAUCAUGCUCAAGUACCUGGAGCUCUGCGUGGACCUGCGCAAGAGCCACCUGGCCAAGGAGGGCCUAUACCAGUACAAGAACAUCUGCCAGCAGGUCAGCACACCAAGCCCUCUCUUGGACAACCGUAAAUGUUGGGUACUAUUGAUCCUACAAAGUCACUCACCUGCCGCAGUUAAGUAUGAGCCUCUAUUUUGUUUUGUAGGUGAACAUCAAAUCCCUGGAGGAUGUGGUUCGAGCCUACCUGAAGUUGGCCGAGGAGAAGACGGAGACAGCCAAGGGGGAGUCACAGCAGAUGGUCCUGGACAUUGAGGAUCUUGACAACAUCCAGACUCCUGAGAGGUAUUUAUUUAACCUUUUAUUUAACUAGGAACCUUUUUAUUUAACUUUGAGGUAUGGGUCCAUUGAAACCUUAUUCCAAUAUGAUGUGAUGGGCUGAUACUAUAUUUCAGAUAUAUUGGACUAUCCGCACACUUAUUGUUACCACCUUGUAAUAGCUGUAACCAUGCUAACAAUCAUGCUUCACCUUUGCUGUAAACCAUUAGCGUGGUGGUGAUGUGUGCACAAUGAUGCAAUGUUAGUGGUGUAGUUCUGUGAGCUCAAAUGACUUGACUACCUUGUGUGAUCCUAGUGUGCUUCUGAGCGCUGUGAGUGGUGAAGACACCCAGGAUCGUACAGACCGUCUGCUGCUCACUCCCUGGGUGAAAUUUCUGUGGGAAUCCUACCGCCAAUGCCUGGACCUGCUGCGUAACAACUCCAAGGUGGAGCGCCUCUACCAUGACAUUGCCCAGCAAGGUGAGCACAAUCUGAACAUUUAACAUGAUGUACAUCGGGGUAGGCAACUACAUUCAGCCCGAUUUGUCAGGGGGUGAAAAUAAUUAUAAUAAUUAAUACACGUCAAAUUGACCACAAGUAAGCCCAAAAAGAGAUUGUAUUUGAAAAUAACAUCAUUUCCUACCUGAUUACAUUGAGACAUAUUCACAUACAGUUGAAGUCGUAAGUUUACAUACACUUAGAUUGGAGUCAUUAAAACUAGUUUUUCAACCACUCCACAAAUGUCUUGUUAACAGACUAUAGUUUUGGCAAGUCGGUUAGGACAUCUACUUUGUGCAUGACACAAGUCAUUUUUCCAACAAUUGUUUACAGACAGAUUAUUAAACUUAUAAUUCACUGUAUCACUAUUCCAGUGGGUCAGACGUUUACAUACACUAAAUUGACUGUGCCUUUAAACAGCUUGGAAAAUUCCAGAAAAUGAUGUCAUGGCUUUAGAAGCUUCUGAUAGGCUAAAUGACAUCAUUUGAGUCAAUUGGAGGUGUACCUGUGGAUGUAUUUCAAGGCCUACCUUUAAACUCAGUGCCUCUUUGCUUGACAACAUGGGAAAAUCAAAAGAAAUCAGCCAACACCUAAGGAAAAAAAAAAAUGGUAGACCUCCACAAGUAUGGUUCAUCCUUGGGAGCAAUUUCCAAACGCCUGAAGGUACCACGUUCAUCUGUACAAACAAUACUAUGCAAGUAUAAACACCAUAGGACCACGCAGCCGUCAUACCGCUCAGGAAGGAGACGCAUUCUGUCUCCUAGAGAUGAACGUACUUUGGUGCGAAAAGUGCAAAUCAAUCCCAGAACAACAGCGAAGGACCUUGUGAAGAUGCUGGAGGAAACCGGUACAAAAGUAUCUAUAUCCACAGUAAAACGAGUCCUAUAUCGACAUAACCUGAAAGGCCGCUCAGCAAGGAAGAAGCCACUGCUCCAAAACCGCCAUAAAAAAGCCAGACUACUGUUUGCAACUGCACAUUGGGACAAAGAUCGUACUUUUUGGAGAAAUUUCCUCUAGUCUGAUGAAACAAAUAGAACUGUUUGGCCGUAAUGACCAUCGUUAUGUUUGGAGGAAAAAGGGGGUAGCUUGCAAGCCGAAGAACAGCAUCCCAACCGUGAAGCACUGGGGUGGCAGCAUCAUGCUGUGUGCAUGUUUUGCUGCAGGAGGGACUAGGUGCACUUCACAAAAUAGAUGGCAUCAUGAGGAAGGAACAUUUUGGAUAUAUUGAAGCAACAUCUCAAGACAUCAGUCAGGAAUUUAAAGCUUGGUCGCAAAUGGGUCUUCCAAAUGGACAAGCAUACUUCCAAAGUUGUGGCAAAAUGGCUUAAGGACAACAAAGUCAAGGUAUUGGAGUGGCCAUCACAAAGCCCUGACCUCAAUCCUAUAGAAAAUUUGUGGGCAGAACUAAAAAAGUGUGUGCGAGCAAGGAGGCCUAUAAACCUGACUCAGUUACACCAGCUCUGUCAGGAGGAAUGGGCCAAAAUUUACCCAAUUUAUUGUGGGACGCUUGUGGAAGGCUACCUGAAACGUUUUACCCAAGUUAAACCAUUUUAAAGGCAAUGCUACCAAAUACUAAUUGAGUGUAUGUAAACUUCUGACCCACUGGGAAUGUGAUGAAAUAAAUGUUGAAAUAAAUCAUUCUCUCUACUAUUAUUCUGACAUUUCACAUUCUUAAAAUAAAGUGGUGACCCUAACUGACCUAAGACAACUAAUUUUUACUAGGAUUAAAUGUCAGGAAUUGUGAAAAACUGAGUUUAAAUGUAUUUCGCUAAGGUGUAUGUAAACUUCCGACUUCAACUGUAUCUCUAUUUUAUUUGUGGGAAUACUUGGAAACAGAUUUCUCCUCAUCCUAAUCGUAUCCUGAUGUGUUCCGCAGCUUUCAAGUUCUGCCUUCAGUACACCCGUAAGGCAGAGUUUCGGAAGCUUUGCGACAAUCUGCGCAUGCAUCUGGGUCAGAUCCAGCGCCACCACAACCAGAGCACGGCCAUCAACCUGAACAACCCUGAGAGCCAGUCUAUGCACCUGGAGACACGCCUGGUGCAGCUGGACAGUGCCAUCGCCAUGGAGCUCUGGCAGGUAUGAUGUCAUAUGAUUAGCUUGCAAUGUUUAGUUGAAACAAUGUUACAUCUAGAAGAAUACUUUUAUUGUCCAAUUUUAUUUUUUCAACAAGCAAUUGUUAUCUACAUUUUAUUAUGAACAUUGAUUAUAUGUGUUAUGAAUGGUGAAAUUUGAUUUUUGAUUUUUACAGGAAGCUUUCAAGGCUGUGGAAGACAUCCAUGGUCUCUUCGCCCUUUCCAAGAAGCCCCCCAAGCCUCAACUUAUGGCUAACUACUACAACAAGGUGUCCACUGUGUUUUGGAAGUCUGGGAAUGCCCUAUUCCACGCCUGCACCCUCCACCGCCUCUACCACCUUUCCAGGGAGAUGCGCAAGAACCUCACCCAGGAAGAGAUGCAGAGGUAUGCAAGCCCAGUCCUGACCAGUUUGCUGGAAUGUGUGCCACAUAGAAUUACUUGAAUGGCCAUUCACUUAAAAAAAUAUUAAUCUGACAUUUCAUCAACUGGAGUUAUGGUUUCUAUCUCACCUUAAUCACCUGUCAAUCAGUCACCAUCAUGCCUCUGCCCCAUUUCCAACUAAUCAGAGCCCUUUGUUACACUCCAGGAUACUGCCCCCUUCCUCUUCAUGUUAGCAUGUUUGGUGAUGGGUAGAUCCGAGGUUGCAGGUGCUCACGGCUCUCCUCUCUCUCCCUCAGGAUGUCCACAAGGGUCCUCCUGGCAACCCUGUCCAUUCCCAUCACCCCGGAGCGCACAGACAUUGCCCGCCUGUUGGACAUGGACGGCAUCAUCGUGGAGAAACACCGCAGGCUGGCCACACUACUGGGCCUGCAGUCCCCACCAACCCGCCAGAGCCUCAUCAAUGACAUGGUAUAUACCCACAUGCAUGGAACAGACUAUAGAAAUAACCAUAGGGAUUUUUGUUUGUGAGCAGGCUGGGUAUAAGAGGCCAGUGACAGUAUGUCCCAUAUGUCAAUGUUAGGAGUUUGUAUUCUAGUGCUUGACUUGCUUUAGUCCUGUGAACUACCCAUACAGAUACGUUUGUUUACUACAUAAUGAAAAAUGAAAACAAACACUGGUUUGUCCAUUGCUGAGAUUUACUUGCAUGACAUUAGCUUGUGACCCGGUGCCAAAAAUAGGCUGUCUUAGUUUUUACCCCUAGAGAAGAGUCAGAGAGAACUUAACCAACUGCUGUUUCUUUUUUUUCCGUUGUCCUUUUGUCAGGGGUUGUUCACAGUGCUACUAUAUGCAUGUUAUGUUUCCCUUUAGGUUAGGUUCAAUUUGCUGCAGUACAUUGUACCUGAAGUGAAGGAGCUGUACAAUUGGCUGGAGAUGGACUUCCACCCACUGAAGCUUAGCGGAAGAGUAACAAAGGUAACAUUUGAAUUCAGAAAAGCUACAGUGUUGCAACAUUGGGCAAUUUGACAUGCAACUGUCCAAAAACAAUAUAAAAUACAUCCACAUAAUUCCUCUGAAAUUACAACUAUUUGUGUCAUGGCUGAUUCAUUUACCAUUUGUUUUCUUCAUCUGUUGUAUUGACCUUCCCUCUUCCUCUUAGGUGUUGAACUGGGUGAGAGACCAGUCUGAGAAGGAGGCAGACCUCCAGCAGUAUGUUCCCCAUCUGCAGAGUAACACCAUCCUCAGGCUGCUGCAGCAGGUGACUUAUUGCUCAUUUUAGAUUGCUCACUUAGACUUUGAUGGUCUGUUAAUCUCACUCAUAGUUAAAUGUCACGAAUAUGUGCCAAACAAUAACUGAUGAAAUACAAUACCUGACAAUAUAACUUUAUUAUUAACUAUGUCUGUUGUCCUUGUUGUAACUCGCUAGUGCAGGGAUGGGCACCAGGAGGCCCACGAGCCAAUUUAAAUGCCACCCACGAUGGAUUUAGUAAAUAAAGUGUAAAAUAAAAAAAAGUGGAUUCAACUACUCCAGGCUACAUUUGAACAUCUAAAACCUGAUAGAAAGUAUGUAGAUGUUAUAAUGUACCUAAUGUAUUUUAAAAGAACUGCCCUUUUUCUGGCACACAUUGAUUUUUGACGAACAAAACGGUCCAGAAAAUAUCCCGACGUGGCCCUCGAGCCUCAGGAUGUUGUCCAUUCAUUGAUUGAAACAUGUAACACAUGUAUUGUAUGUAAAUUGUGGUCCUAUUAACUAAUCAGUGCACACUGUUUAUUUUAAUGGGAUAUUAGGUGGCUCAGAUCUAUCAGAGCAUUGAGUUCAACCGUCUGGCCUCCCUGGUUCCAUUUGUGGAUCCCUUCCAGUUGGAGCGCUCCAUUGUGGAUGCUGCCCGACACUGUGAUCUGCAGGUGGGGUACCGGACAUGGAUUUUGUCAAUGAUAUUCUCUGUGCAAAAUUGUACAAACACCCAAGUUGACUUUUCACCUAAAUACAUAGUUAUUUCAUACCUAUACGCUUUGAAUUCAGUCAGUAUUUUUAUUAUUAUAAUUUUUUUGUUGUUGAAAUGUCUGUUCUAGGUUCGAAUUGACCACACCACUCGAAACCUGAGCUUUGGUUCGGACCUGAACUACUCGACCAAAGAGGACUCUCCUGUGGGGCCGUUCUUGCAGAACAUGCCCUCUGCGCAGAUCAGGAACCAGCUGACAGCCAUGUCGUCUUCCUUGGCCAAGGCAAUCCAGGUCAUCAAACCUGCAUCCAUGCUGGUGAGCACAGCCUCCCGUCGAGAUGGCAUUUGUACCUGCACUGCUAGCCCCCAAAAAAAAAAAAAGAAAAGACAACGUCGCUGUCCUCCUUGAUCAAAUAUCAAAACAUGCUUUCUAUUCCAUCAUCCCAAUGUGCAUUACAUAAAUUAUUAUAAGGUAUUUAAGGCAUUUUGAAAAUGUAACAUUUAGGGCCAAUACUAUAUGGAUUGUUCCGUGCAUACACACACAACCAAUUCACAUUGAUACUGCGUGAAACCCCCAUUCAUGCACAAUCUUGCUCUAACAAACCUGUCCCCAUCUCUCACUCGUCUACCCUCUUGUCCACCAUUUCCAGAAAGAGCGCGAGGAGCAGAGCCAGCUAGCCAUCACCGCCUACCUGAAGAACGGCCGCAAGGAGCACCAGCGCAUCCUGGCCCGCCGGCAGACCAUCGAGGAACGCAAGGAGCGUCUGGAGAACCUCAACAUCCAGCGGGAGAAGGAGGAGCUGGAGCAGCGCGAGGCGGAGCUGCAGAAGGUGCGCAAGGCAGAGGAGGAGCGCCUGCGCCAGGAGGCCAAGGAGCGCGAGAAGGAGCGCAUCAUGCAGGAGCACGAGCAGAUCAAGAAGAAGACUGUGCGUGAGCGGCUGGAGCAGAUCAAGAAGACCGAACUGGGAGCCAAGGCCUUCAAAGACAUCGAUAUAGAGGUAAACUAGACACAAGCUCAACUAAGCUGUACACUCUGCCACCCAUCAAACAUAUUGCUUUGUUAAAAAUGAAAAGAUCACAUUGACAUCAAUGAUGUUAAGACAAGUUUUUUUUCCCCAAUGGGUCAUACUGGUAUCAGUACCAUAAGUGUUUACCUGGAAUGUACACUGAACAAAAAUUAUAUGAACUCAACAUGUAAAUUGUUGGUCCCAUGUUUCAUGAGCUGAACUCAAAGAUCCCAAGAAUUUUCCAUACACACCAAGCUUAUUUCUCCAAUUUUGUGGCCAAAUUUGUUUAUAUCCCUGUUAGCGAGCAUUUCUCCUUUGCCAAGAUAAUCCAUCCACCUGACAGGUGUGGCAUAUCAAGAAGCUGAUUAAACAGCAUGAUCAUUACACAGGUGCACCUUGUGCUGUGGACAAUAAAAGGCCACUAAAAUGUGCAAUUUUGUCACACAAUACAAUGCCAUAUAUGUUUUGAGGGAGCAUGCAAUUGGCAUGCUGACUGCAGGAAUGUCCACCAGAGAAUUGAAUAUUAAUUUCUCUACCAUAAGCCAUAACGUCAUUUUAGAGAAUUUGGCAGUAUAUCCAACCGGCCUCACAACCGCAGACCACAUGUAUGGCUUCGUGUGGGAGAGCGGUUUGCUGAUGUUAACGUUGUGAACAGAGAGCCCUAUGGCGGCGGUGGGGUUAUGGUAUGGGCAGGCAUAAGCUACGGACAACGAACACAAUUGCAUUUUAUCGAUGGCAAUUUGAAUGCACAGAGAUACCGUAACGAGAUCCUGAGGCCCAUUGUCGUACCAUUCAUCCGCCGCCAUCACCUCAUAUUUCAGCAAGAUAAUGCACGGCCCCAUGUCGCAAGGAUCUGUACACAAUUCCUGGAAGCCGAAAAUGUCCCAGUUCUUUCAUGGCCUGCAUACUCAUCAGCCAUGUCACCCAUUGAGCAUGUUUGGGAUGCUCUGGAUCGACGUGUACAACAGCGUGUUCCAGUUCCCGCCAAUAUCCAGCAACUUUGCACAGCCGUUAAAGAGGAGUGGGACAACAUUCCACAGGCUACAAUCAACAGCCUGAUCAACUCUAUGCGAAGGAGAUGUCGCGCUGCAUGAGGCAAAUGAUGGUCACACCAGAUACUGACUGGUUUUCUGAUCCACGCCCCUACUUUUUUUUUUUUACGGUAUCUGUGACCAACAGAUGUACUCCUGAGUGGCGCAGUGGUCUAAGGCACUGCAUCGCAGUGCUAACUGUGCCACUAGAGAUCCUGGUUCGAAUCCAGGCUCUGUCGCCGCCGGCCGCGACCGGGAGACUCAUGGGCGGCGCACAAUUGGCCCAGCGUCGUCCAGGGUAGGGGAGGGAAUGGCCGGCAGGGAUGUAGCUCAGUUGAUAGAGCAUGGCGUUUGCAACGCCAGGGUUGUGGGUUCGAUUCCCACGGGGGGCCAGUAUAAAAAAAAUAUGUAUUCACUAACUGUAAGUCGCUCUGGAUAAGAGCGUCUGCUAAAUGACUAAAAUGUAAAAUGUAAAUGUAACCGAUGCAUAUCUGUAUUCCCAGUCAUGUGAAAUCCAUAGAUUAGGGCCUAAUGAAUUUCUCAAUAGACUGAUUUCCUUAUGAACUGUAACUCAGUGAAAUCUUUUUAAAUUGUUUCAUGUUGCAUUUAUUUUUGUUCAGUAUAGCUAACAUCUCAAAUCAAAGUUUAUUGAUCACAUACAGUUUUGCAGGCGUUAUCGCAGUUCAGCGAAAUGCUUAUUUUUCUAGCUCCAACAAUGCAACAAUAUCUAGCAAUACAAUACACACACACACAAUCCAAAAGUUAAAAAAAGAACAAUAAAUUAAGACGUGAGAACAAGCAAUGUCAGAGUCCGGAAUAUACAUCUAUAUCUAGAAUGAGUUUUGGAAAUGAAGUGUGGAUGUACAAUGGUGAAAUUAACUCUUAACCUCCCUUUGCACAGGACCUUGAGGACCUGGAUCCUGACUUCAUCAUGUCCAAACAGGUGGAGCAGCUUGAGAAGGAGAAGAGAGAACUUCAGGACCGCCUGAAAAACCAGGAGAAAAAGGUGAAGAUAUUUUCAUCAAAUAUAUAUUCCAUGUUUUCUGUCUUGCCUGUUACAAACAGGUGAUGCAGAAAAAUGACUCACUCAAUGUUGUUUCAUGUGUGGACUGGUCCUUGCAGAUUGACUACUUUGAGAGGGCCAAACGUCUGGAGGAGAUUCCCUUGAUCAAAAAGGCCUACGAGGAGCAGCGUGUCAAGGACAUGGAGUUAUGGGAACUCCAAGAGGAGGAGAGGGUAAGGCAAUAUAUUUAUUCAGCAUCUAUGCCUUUGUAAAUCCUAAACACAAAGCCAUUGUAGAUGGCAUGCACGAACUGAGCGCUCUAGUGAUGGCAAGCUGUCAGGCUGACUGGUCCAUGUUUUUCGUGAUAAUAAACAACAUUUUAAUUGUGGUUACAGAAUGGUCAAUGAUUAUGGUCCAUCUGUUUUGUGUUGUAGAUCAGCAACAUGAAGGUGGAGCGUGAGAGGGCCUUGGAGCACAAGCAAAGGAUGUCCAGAAUGAUGGAGGACAAGGAGAACUUUGUGAGCAAAAUAACAGAUGCUCGCAGCUUCAUCUACGAGGUAAAUGGCAUUUUAAAUUGGGGAGUUUGUCUCCUGGAUGGUAUACCACAGGUAUAACUUUUUACUGUUCUAAUUACGUUGGUAACCAGUUUAUAAUAGCAAUAAGGCACCUCAGGGGUUUGUGGUAUAUGGCCAAUAUUCCACAGCUAAGAGCUGUAUCCAGGCACUCCGCGUUGCAUAGAAGAACAGCCCUUAGCCGUGGUAUAUUGGCCAUAUACCACACCCCCUCGUGCCUUAUUGCUUAAUUAAAAUGUGCAUGAAACCACCGAUUCUAGAAGCCCAAUGGCAUUAAAGGAAAAAUCCACCCAAAACCACUCAUUCUUGUAAUUUACAGUGUUGCAUAACACUAAUAUGUGAGUAAUAUUUUUUGUGAACAAAUGUUUCAUUUUGUCGUUAUAAUAAUGUUGGUAGCAACAUGUGGAAAUCUAUUGCAGCUCAAGUCGACUACAAAACCCAUAAUGCAAUGCUCUCUCUAUGGGCUAGCUAGCUAAUGUAGCUACACAUAAUAAUACUAAAGUCAAUAUUAGCAUGUGAAGUAGCUAGUUAGCUGUCCAAUCGCCUAAACAAACUGCAUUAUCAAUUAAGGAGUCUACAAUCUCACCAUGUUUAACCUGCAGAUCAAUGUGCCUCGAGUGGAGUCUGACAAUCGCAACGGCACCAUGCAAUGCACCCUGGACUGACGAGUCUGACAAAUAGGAGAAAUGUGUUAAGGGUUUUUCACAUAUAGUCCUCUUUAAAAGAACCGAUCUCAGUCCUCUUUAAAGUGAAAGCUGUGGUAAAAACAAGAAGCAGAAGAUCUGUUCUCUUUGUAUUCACAUUGCCCUUGCCUUUGAAUGAGGACUCAACUCUUUUGCCAGUUCACGUCACCUAUGUUGUGGUCUGAGUCCUCUUUGCAUUCACAUUGCUAUGUUUAGAAAGGAACCAAGAUCUUUUUCCAACAUUCACUCAAUACACUGUGGGUUUUUACAAAGUGCAGGACAAGCCAUUCCAUCAGUGUGUUAUCGGACAGCUUGAUAUACCAUAUACCUACUUACAUUUAGGAAGCUAAUAGAUUGCAUUUAGUUAAAAGGUGAGACAUAAUUGUAAUCAAAAGGUACAUAUAAUGGGUAACAGAAUAAAUAGCAGAAGAAUAACUGCAGAUUAAAUAAUGCUGUAAUUGAAAAUUGUACACCCAAUGUAGGCUACUGCCCCUUUAAGAGCUAGAAUAGAUUUUGAACCCUAUGUUGUGAUUCUUACCAAAUAUGUUGUCAUCUUCUCACACUAUUCAAACCCCACAAUCGAAUAAACAGUUUAUGAAGCGCUCUUAGCCUAUAGAUCACAUAUCGCAAACAAAUAAUCUGAACUCAAAACUCCACACAUUCAGUAUUUUAGAAUUUCUGUGCAUCCUUGACAAUCGCCAAUCAAUAUCCAAAAACGGAAUGUUUUUUUCCAGGAACCUGCACAUCAUUUUCUGUCUUGUGGCACCAAUGUGAGGGGCUAUGGCAGGGGAAACAGUGUUGCAGUAGUCUAGUGUGUGGUGUGGGAUUAAUGACAAGCGAACCUGGGGAGCUUAGUGUCCACGUUGCCCUAAAAAGGGAACCGGACUGCGGAAUUCAAGCGAACCAAACUCAGACCACCUCUCAAGAUGGUUUCGGUUAGCUUCGGGGAGCUCUUUUUAGGGGUCUGAGUUCCAUUUGGAGUGUUCACACUGCACAAACAAUUAAACAAAACGCACUGAGUUCACAAAAAGUGGCUGAAAGGGACCAAGUGUGAAAACACCCCUAGACCCAAUGUUAAAUUACACAUUUCUCGAGGUAGGAAUAUCGCAGAAAUAUGGUCAAUGGCUCAUUCGAGAGAAGACAACCUACCGCGUUAUGACAUCGGCCAGUAUUGACAUCUGACAUGUGUGAUAGAUGUUUUUGCAAUCUAAAAGUCGUAUUCUUAUUAACUUCCAGCGUAGUGAGAGCGGCUUUAUCUCAAUGCUACGUCAUACCGGCUGAAUUUCUGCCUGCUUGAACGGCAAUAUCUCAGAUACACACGAAAACAUGAAUUGGCCCAGGGAAUCGAUAGAACAUCGCUCAGAGAUGCACAAAAACAAUAUAACAUUCAAAAUGGGUGAAUAUUUACUUCAAAGAGCUUAUCAGCUGCUACAAAGAAAGCAGGAAUAACCAAAAAAAAGUAAUUGUCAAUGGAGUUCUACCAUAAGUUAUUUGGCCUGAGUUGUUUUUCAUUUAUUAAGAAUACACUUAAGAUCUUUAAGAAUACACCUAAAUGUCUUUGUUACCAUCCCAGGAAAAACUGAAACAGUUCCAGGAGCGCCUGGUGGAGGAGAGGAAGAAGCGUCUAGAGGAGAGGAAGAUUCAGCGCAAGGAGGACCGCCGUAACGCCUUCUACCGCCAGAAGGAGGAGGAGGCCCAGCGCAUCCAUGAGGAGCAGCUCAAGAAAGGUACCUCCGUUACCUCUCAGGCCCAGAGAGGACUUGGUAUAUAGUAUGGAUGUCAAAUAAUAAUUUUAUUAUUAUUAUCUUAGAUAUUGUCAACUAUGAGUUUCUCUUAAAGGUAAUAGUAACUUUAAUUGAUGUCAAUGGAAGAUAUCUGCAAAAACGUGAAGUUAUGCACACAGAUUUAGGUAAAUUAGAUUUCGGCUCCAAGUGUGUUUUUGGUUGGUGUUUGUUAGUCUGUGUGUCCCAUGUGACGGUUGCCCCAUAGUCUUCAGUGUCCUGUCAUCUGAAUCUACAUAUCCAUGUGUUGUUGCAGAGCGCGAGGAGCGCGAGCGCAUCGAGCAGGAAGCACGUGAGGCAGAGGAGGCGGAGUACCAGGAGCGCCUGCGCAAACUAGAGGAGCAGGAGAGGAAGCAGCGAGCCCGGCAGCAGGAGAUCGAGGAGCGUGAGCGCCGCAGGGAGGAAGAGUUGAGGGCCCCUGCUAGGUCUGAGGAGAAACCCAGAGGAGAAGCCAAGGUAGCCUACUACACAUUCUCGCCAACAUCUCCUCCAGAGCACUUUCACACAGCUCACUUUCUGUUGAGUCGAAGAUGACUCACUUUAGAGGGGUGUUAAAAUAAUUAUAAUAUUAAAUGGGUUUAUAUAGCGCUUAAGUUUUGUUCGCUCAAUGAUGAUUCUCCUCCAUUGAUCGCUCCAAGAGCGACAUGAAAUUAAAUGCACUUCUAUUUCACCGGCGAACUGAGAGUGAGAAGCACAGGCAGCCGUCUCAAAGUACAAUGUGAAGUUUCUUGACAUUUUGGGUGGAACUUGUGACGUGAAUGUACUCCAUUUCCCUGUUAACUUAGUUAUGAAGUCCCAAAAAUAAGCUCAGAUAAAGGUAUAGGAUGAAAUUAUCAUAAUGUUGCAAAUAUGGUGUUCUUAAAAAAUAAAUAAAAUAAAUAAUCAUGUAAAUGUAAUGAAAGCCAUUACUCAGUGUUGGACACUCUUUUCCUCUCCAGGACUGGGGUGCUGAGAAGGAGGAGGGAGGAGGUGGAGGAUGGAGGAGGCGUACUGAGGUUGAAUCAGAGAGGCGUCGGCCUGUGCCUGAUAAGUGAGUGGCAUUUAAUUCAGACUGUACUUUUGAAGCAUUUCAUUUGGUAAAAAUACUUUGUGUUCACUGGUCAAAAAAUCUUUUAUUACUCUCUAUAGUGACGCCGUACCAGAUAAGUGAGUGGGAUUUCAUUCAGAUUGCAAAUUUGAAGCAUGUUACCUGGUUUAAAAUACUUUGUAUGUUUGUGUUCACUGGUCAAAGUGACCUGUCCUAUAACUGUGCUGUCCUUUCUCUCUCUAGGGACUGGAGAACCGAUGGCGGCGAGGAAAAAGACAGAGAGCCACCCUUCAGGAGAGGAGGAGACGGCCCUCGCCGUGGUGGAGCCGACGACCGCGGACCCCCACGCAGGGGCUUCGGGGACGAGGACCGACCCCUGCGCAGAGGCAUGGAUGAGGACCGUCCACCAAGGAGAACCUUUGGGGAUGAUGACCGGGGUCUUAGAAGGGGAGGGGACGAGGACCGCGGUCUCCGCAGAGGCUUCGAAGAUGGCCCCAGGCGUGUCUUUGAUGACGGCCCCCGCAGAGGCACGGAUGAGUCCAGGGGCCCCAGACGCGGGGCCGAUGAUGACACCUGGGGCCCCAGGAGAGGAGGAGAUGACGAGAGGGGCGGACCCCGUGACGACAAGCCAUGGAAGCCAGCAGGCCGGCCCGGUAUGGUUGUUUCCCAUUUAAUCUGUUCCAAAUAUGGAUCAUUGAAUUGAUGUGGUUGCAUGUUUGUCUUGUGUAGUAAGUGUGUUGUCGUUGAAAGCCCUCUUCCAUGUACUUGUUCUCCUAUAAUUAUGUUAAUUAGUAUUUAAGAAAUGUCUAAUAGUAAAUAUUUGUGUAGUGGCAACUGUUGCCAGUUCUUCUUACACGUUGUGCUGGAUCAUGGGCAGUUGCUCUGGUGUCUGCUUCAGGUGGUGGCUGGCGUGAGAGGGAGAAGGCCCGCGAGGAGAGCUGGGGUCCACCCCGCGAAGGUGGCAGCAGCAAUGAGGGCGACGAAGGCGAGAGAGAGGAAAAACAGGAGAGCGAACGCUUCCCAGAGCGCCGCCCACCCAGGUCAGACGCACAGUAUGUGGACUACAAACAGCACUACUGUGAUAUGAAGGCUCAUAUAUUAUACUCUAUGAUCAGGAGUGCUCCUAAACGGGUGGAUGGUUUUACUGAUAUUGUGAAAACGGAGUAGUCGUACAGGUGUUUUUUGUAUUUAUUUUCGUGGCGUAAUCGGAGACCUCUGUUUUCAGGGAGGAGGGAGGUGGUGGUAGUGCCUGGAGAAGGCCGGGUGCUGAUGAUGAGGCGCCCAAGAAAAGCUGGAGAGACUCUGCUCGUCAGGAAGAGCCUGACCGCGAGGACCGCCCUCCUAUCCGUCGAGAGCGACCUGAGCGCAGGGAUGAACGAGACCGUCCCCCACCCAGCAGAGAGCCUGAAGAAGGUAAGAUCAGCCUGCUCAGUCCUCUGCAACCUACCUUACUAGCCACAUGUUUUAAGUUUCGGUAUUUUAAAACAGUUAGCCAGCUCGGUAUUCAUUGCAAGUGUCAACCGGUAUCAAGCAUCAAUCUAUUAAUGCAGCAAUACUCAUUCAUUGUCUAUAUCAUGAAAAUUGAGACUACUGUAACCCCUGUUCUCUGGCAGUGUUUCCAAUCUGGAGGAUGUAUUUUUAAACACAGUACUUAAAGUUAAGAUGCCAUCCCCUAACAAGACAGGUUCUGUGCACACAGGAGGAGGCUCUUGGCGCCGUGCCGGCGACGAGAAGCGUGAGGUGCGUAAAGAGGAACGUCCGGCUCCCCCCAGACCCAGAGAGGGUGAGCGUGAAGCGGACGGAGAGAAGAGCUCCUGGCGCUCUGAGAAAGACAAAGAGAACGCUGGUCGCGCCAAGAAGACCAACGAAGAGACCGACGAUGACGGCUGGACCAAGGUGGCCCGCCGCUGAGUCCACCCUCUCUCUGAGCAUCUGCUUCCAAAUGGCCCCACAAUGACUAAUGUUGUACCCCUCUAUUGCUGCCAGCCUCGUAGUAAUUUAACCUUGGCAUAAGCUUAUUAAAACUUUGGCAUAGCAAAGCUCAUUAUUUGAUCAACCAAAUGUGUCAUCUCAUCAACUAUCUCGAAUAUGUAUUUUGUUAAGGUGGCUUCUUAACCUAAAAACGAGUUAAUUCCCAAUUUGAUGUGCAUGCUUAGAGUAUACAAUUAGUCUCACUCAAUAUCUAGUGUGUGGUUCGAUCUUAAAGCAUUCAACCAUAUUUGACACAAUGAGUUGCAUGUUUAUAGAUAAAUACAGCCUUUAUUAAUAAAGUACUUUGCUCAACA